AUGGCUCCCUCAAAGACCGUUGCCGUUGCAUCGAAAGAUGUUACGCCCUCAAUUGACCCCGAACAGACCCUGAAGGCCUCCAAGGCUCUCUUGGCUCACAUCAAAAAGGCCGCCAAGGAAAAGUCCGAAGAAUCCGGCAAGAAGAACCUGCUCGCCGACGACAACGAGGACGUCGCCCAGCAGCCCAUCUGGCUGACCCUCACGACGAAGCGCCACAUCGCCGACAGCGCCCGCCUUAAGCCCGGCAAGAUCACCCUCCCUCACCCUCUCAACUCGGACGAGGACUCGACGAUAUGCCUCAUCACCGCCGACCCCCAGCGCGCCUACAAGAACAUUGUCGCCUCGGAUGAGUUCCCCGAGGCCCUCCGCAAGCGAAUCACCCGCGUCGUCGACCUCGGCCACCUGAAAUCCAAAUUCAAGCAGUACGAGGCCCAGCGCAAGCUCUUUGCCGAGCACGACGUCUUCCUCGCCGAUGACCGCAUCGUCAACCGUCUGCCCAAGGCCCUCGGCAAGACCUUUUACAAGACCACCGCCAAGCGGCCCAUCCCCGUCGUCAUCUCCGCCAAGCCCCCCCGCGGCGCCGACGGCAAGCGCGCAAAGCCUCAGCAGCCAAAGACCCCCGGCACCGUUAACGCUGGUACGCCGCAGGACAUCGCCGCCGAGGUCGAGAAGGCCAUCGGCUCCGCCCUCGUCAGCCUGACCCCGUCAACCAACACCGCCAUCCGGAUAGGGUACGCCGGCUUCAAGCCCAAGCAGGUCGCCGAGAACGUCACGGCCGUCGUCAACGCCCUCAUCGAGAAGUGGGUACCGGAGAAGUGGACCAACGUCAAGAGUAUCUACGUAAAGGGCCAGGAGACCGCCGCUCUGCCCAUCUGGCUGACGGACGAGCUCUGGCUCGAGGAGAAGGACAUUAUCGCCGACGACAGCGAGCAGGCCAAGGCUAUCAAGGAGAAGGCCAACGUCGGCAAGAAGCGCAAGUCGAUCGGGGCCGCCGACGAGGACGAGACCGAGACCGCGACCAAGCCUACGGCUAAGAAGGCUAAGAAGGCAGCCAAGGAGGCGGCGCAGAAGGCCCUCCCCGAGGGCGACGACGAGAACCUCAACAAGCAGAUUGCUGAGCGCAAGGAGAAGCUGAAGAAGCAAAAGGCCAAGGCCAAGGCUGCUGUCGACAACUAG